AUGUCUCGUAGUGCUGAUACAAACAGUUCCAGUAAUACCUACAAGUUGGUAGUCGUCGGUGGAGGUGGCGUUGGAAAAAGUGCCUUGACGAUACAAUUCAUCCAGUCCUACUUUGUGACAGAUUAUGAUCCUACCAUUGAAGAUUCCUAUACCAAACAAUGUCAAAUAGACAGUGUUGUCGCUCGCUUAGACAUUCUCGACACAGCUGGACAAGAAGAGUUCAGUGCAAUGCGAGAACAGUAUAUGCGGACUGGGGAAGGAUUUCUACUGGUUUUCUCUGUGACUGACCGGAGUAGUUUUGAAGAAAUCUACAAAUUUCAAAAACAAAUCUUAAGGGUAAAAGACCGAGAUGAAUUUCCAAUGAUUCUAGUGGCAAACAAAGCAGACUUAGAUGAUAACCGAUUGGUCAGUAAAGACGAAGGCAUGGAACUGGCCAAACAGCUAAAAGUUAGCUACACAGAAGCAAGUGCCAAAAACAGAAUGAAUGUUGACCAAGCAUUCUAUGACUUGGUUAGAAUAAUCAGGAAAUUCCAAGCUGAGGAACGUCCACAAGUAAAACAAGAAAAGAAGCUAAAGCGAGCCUGUUGUAUCCUUGGUUCUGUUGUCCAUUGCUCAGAGCCUCCUCCUACUCCUCUUUUUGUCCCACCUGACCUCCUUAAACCCAAAUAUAUUCGUUAUGCAACACCACUGCUUGCCCAGCCAUUUCCCUGGUGGCCCUGUAUGAGUUUUAGACUGCUGCUACUGCUGUUCCCUAUAUUAGAGGUUGAAGAUACAAAGAUUAUAGGAGAAAUCAUCUGA